AUGGCGCGUCGAUACCCAUCCAAAGACCACUGGAACGAAUCGCCGGUCGAGAGCGAUUCGGAGCCGGCAAAAGUAGCGCAUUGGAGUUCGUCAGAGACAUUGCACAAGAACAAGAGCUCAAAGCCCCAUUUUAGUGCCAAGUGGGACGAUUACCUGGUGGUUAAUGUGGAAGGUGGAAAGGUCCGUGGCACGUACAACAAAACGGCCGGCGCUUUCAAGUGGCUUGGUGUCCCUUUUGGUGCUGAUACGAGUGGAUCAAACCGUUUCAUGCCUCCCAAGCCGGCGCCCAAAUGGAAUGGCGUGAAAGAUGCGUCUACUUUUAGUCCAAGUUGCCCCCAGCAUGGUAGCGGCCAGUCUGUCAAGGCUGUUAGCCUCUUUGGUUUAUCUCCUGAGAUUUUUGAAGAAGAAUUGCAGAGCGAGGACUGUCUCAUGGCGGAUAUUUACGUGGGAAAGAGGCACUGGGAAAAUUGGAUCAAAUCAGGCGGUAAAGCAACGAAGGCGCCAGUUUGGCUUAAUCUUUAUGGCGGAUCGUAUGAGUGGGGUACAUCCCGUAUCGAGACUUAUCGCGCCGAUCCAUUGGUGGCGGAAGAAGACAUUGUAGUUGUGAGCAUCAACUUCCGCAACUGGAUCUUUGGGUACCCGCUCUCGCCCCAGUUGUACCCCACGAAAAACAAGGGUAACCCGAACUACAAGGGUGCCAACCCUGGUCUAAAUGACGUUGACCUGGGUAUUGAGUGGGUAUACAAGAACAUUGAGAAGUUUGGUGGUGAUCCUGAGAAGAUUACGAUGGGCGGUACAAGCACAGGUGCCUGCACGACUGACAAUUGGGCAUACGUUCACUACCAGAAGGAGACAUCAAAGUACAUCAAUGGUCUGGUCUUGCAAAGUGGAUCAAUGAUCUCACUGGGUCGUUCUUUUGUGAAUCCGCCUGGCGAUGACUUCAGCGGUAAACAUAGCCACUGGAACAAUGUUUCUCGCGUGGUGGGUUGCGGUACCGACAGCGACGAGGCUCAAUUCAAGUGCAUGCAAAACAAGAAAUGGCAAGAUGUUAUGAAUGCUACCUUUACGGUAAAUGCCAAUUUCAUCCUCACAGUGGACAAUAUCACAGCGUUUGGUGACUAUGACGAGCGCUUGGAGCAGAAGCGCUAUGUGGAUGUGCCCAUGCUGAUCGGUAACAACAAGGAUGAAGGAAAUGCUCUCCUGAUUCACAAUGCUUAUCUGACGGAUGUUGUGGGGCCGAUUAUCACGGCAGAAGUUUGGGUAUGUCCUGCGAGUGUGCAAGCCAAAGAACGCAUCGGCAUUUCUUCGCCAACAUGGCGCUACCGCUUCAGCCCUGCAUUCUACAUCCCCGAUACGCCCAAGCCUUAUCAACAGCUUCUAAGCUUCCACGGCAGUGACACGGCCUAUUCGUGGAACACAUGGCGCCCUCUGAAGUAUAUUUCAGAUGGGUCGACGGAUCCGGGUCCUCUGCCAGUCGUGAACGACCCGAUCCCUACCUCUGACAAUAAAGUGCGUGCUCCUAUUGCCAAAUUGUAUAAAGAUGCAACAAUGACAUUCGUUAAGGACCCGCACAAGGGAUUGUUUAACUUUCAUGGAGGUUGGCCCGCCUAUGAUCCGAGCAAGCCUAGCAUUGCCGAUAUUGGUUACGACAAUAAACCCGACUGGCGCUUGGCAAGUUCGUGGGAAGUUGAUGGACUUUGCCCGCUUACGAACCCCGAGAUAAAGCACAACUCGAUGAAGUGGAAGUCCACAGUGAUGAAAUUCCGCGGCUAUAUGUUGUAA